AUGGCCGACCACACAUUGGACAUCCCGGAGCUCCUCCAGUCCGCUUCCAUCAAGAGGCACCCUUCCCCAGCCCACGAUAUCAACCCAUCGACCGCGGCUUCGGAAAAGCAACCCGUCGUCGCAGGCCCGGCUUCCGAUGCUGCCAGCAUCGCCUCGGACAUCGUUGACCCCAGCCGGGUGAUUCGGCCUGUGCGCCGGCGCCAGACACUUCCUCCCUUGCCAGAUCUACGCUUUGAGCAAAGUUAUUUGGCCAGCAUUAAGGACGCUGACACGUGGGGGCGAGUGGCGUGGAUCACCAUCAGAGACCAGGUCCUCCUUCCCCUCAUUCAAGGCACAGUCUGGACCCUAGCGCUCUCCGGCUGGCGCUUCUGGAACCGCAACGCCUCGCUCAGCGGACGCACACUUGGAAGCCGGAUCCGCAGAUGGUGGUACGAUGUGAACAACUGGAAAUUGCCGCCACUGGGCUGGACCAAGGACCCGAAGAUUGCCGCGCAGGCCGAAGAUUUCUACGAGGCCCAGUUCUCUAACACGGGUGCGGACUAA